CUCUGAGUCUUCUAGGUCAAGGCAUCAAGGCUUGUGAAGUGUUGGCCAGACGACAGCCAUCAUGACGCUGCUCGGCAGCUGCUGCCGCUGUGCUGGCGCGUUGGCGGUGGUGCCGCUGGCGGUGAUUUUGGCAGUGAUGUUUGAGACCCCCACCGUGACCAUGCUGAGAACAGGUGGCUCUUCACCACGAGAAGACGCGUCGGACGCCGCGCCGCUCGACCCGCGGCUGCGCGAGCCGACGUCGUUGGACGCCACGGAAGAAGCGAAGGACGGCCCAGCCGCACCACGUAUGGGCAGCGGCAACAUGUUCGACCGUAUCGCCUUCGCCUACGACGCGGCGAACAAAUGGAUGUCCUUUGGCUUGGACCAGCACUGGCGCACCACCAUGGUGAAGGACUGCUUGCAACUACGCCCUGACGACCGGGUCUUGGAUUUGGCCACUGGCACAGCCGACGUGAGCAUCCUGGUGGGCCAAGAGCUGAGGCGCUUGGGCGCCUCCGUGCGCGACGCGGUGCUGGGCGUCGAUCCCAGCAACGAGAUGCUCCGGCGCGGCGUCGCCAAGGUCCAGCAGAACGGCCUGGAACACGUGGUGCGACUGGUGAAGGGCGACGCCCAGGACCUGCGCACGGUGCAGGUCAUCGAUGCAGAGGGCACGUUGGCCGAGAAGUCCCCAGGUGCGCGGGAGGCUUCGGUGGACAAGAUCAGCAUGUCCUUCGGCAUCCGCAACGUGCCGGACCGAGCCAAGGCGCUCCGUGAGAUGCGCCGGGUGCUGGAUCCCUCGCAGCAGAGCCGCGUGUGCAUCUUGGAGCUCAGCUUGCCGACAGGUGAGACCUUCCUCUCGCGCCUGGCGAGGAGCUUCAUCACUGAAGUGGUGCCCCUGAUCGGCUGGGUGGCCACCAUGGGCUCCGGCGGAGAGGAAUACGAAUAUUUGGAACGCUCCAUCUUGCGCUUCCCGAAGCCCUUAGACUUCGCCCGGGAACUCCAGGCAGCUGGGCUCCCCGUGGAGCGCAUCACCAGCUUCGCCUAUGGCGCUGUGAACCUGUAUACCGCAGCACCUGCCUGACCGCAGGGCUCGCUGUGACCGCAGGGCUCGGGGCGCGCGCGCGUGGAGCCGGGCGUUGCGGCGGCUCGGCUGGGGGCAGAGCGGCUGGCGGGUUGGAGCGAGAACAAGACGGCCAGUUCGGUUCGCGGCGUGUGAGAUUAACCAUGGGACGUGUUGUGGAUGAGUGUUAAGAACUAAGACCACUGGCGUCACAAGUCUAAGUGGCAAAGAUGACUGGCAACCAGCGCACCUCACUGGGGAAGAUCGAGGGUCUCCUUGGGUUUUUCCGAAGACUCGAUUCCCAACGGCCGUAGACUGAGUGUAUCUUAUCGUUUGUCCAAAGUCGGUGGGUGCAAUCUUAGGAUGGAAGAGGUCAGCAAAGCUCAAGAAAGGAAGACCGAGCCUUGCGAUGGGUAGGAGCAGCUGCUGCAAGAUAUAUGUUGCAGUAGUUGGAAGGUUGAUUUCUUAUUGAAUCAUG